UAUAAAUUAGAGAAAAUUUAGUCCUUGAACGGAAUAAUACAAAAGAUACGUUAAUUAAACCAUAUAAAAUAUAAUUAAAAACCAGCAAAGAAAACAAGGGAAGAAAGAAAAAUCUUCAAGAUAAAGAUAAUAUACAAGAGCAGAAAAAUUGUGGAAAAUUACUACUGGAACUAUAAAUGAUAAUGUCCUAUUAUAUGAGGAAUAUUAUAUUUUUUAUGAAGUAUUUCAUCAAUUAAUUGAAUAUAAUUAAUCCAUUAAUUAUUGAAUGAUACACAAUUAAACAUUGAAGUAAUAAUUGGGGGAGGACUAACUGGCACAGCUCAAAACUGUUAACUUAAUCCCCCAGAUUUUUAUACCUUUUUUUACAGAAAGAAGCUUAUAAUUUUCAUUUUAAACAUUUCAUUUUCUUCUAAAUGAUAAAAUAUAUAAACUCACAGAAUGUUUGUCUCUGCUUUAUUUAAAAAAAAAAUAAAUACCGUACAGUAUUUCUGCCAAUUUUUAAGAUGAUUUUGAAAAUGCCGCCAAUUCAAAUAAUGGCAGUAAGCGAUGAAUGACAGCUAUCUUUCUAGAAGGCAUUGGAUUUCGGUAGGCUUUGUUUACGCCCGUGAUAGAAAUGACGUUUCUAAUCUUUUGAGAUUAAUUUAUUAUAUUACUAAUUGAUAAUCAGUGUAAUUUGCUUUAGUUGAAAUGCAAGAAGAAAAUAUAUUUCCUGCUGCGGAGAGAAUAAUUUCCGAUAUUAAUUCUGCCUUCAAAAAGGAUCCAAAGUUAAAGGAGUUCGACAUUGUUGCCGUAACGCUGAAUGAAAAUAAAUCGCCAGUCGUUGUUGAAAACCAUUGUCUUGGACUGGAGUCGUGGUGUGUGAAACAUGUCUAUUGUCACGCCUAUAGUCGAGUCAUGGAGAUACGACAACAGAAACGUCGGAAAGAAGACCCGGAACGAAUCGAAAAUCUGCUGACAGUGGCACUUCUCAUCAACCCGGACGUGUCCAGCAUGUGGAACAUGCGUCGGGAGCUUGUGAUGACGUCACACUUGGAUGCAAACGGUGAACUACUUUUCUCGAGUGUGGUGCUCUCGCGUAAGCCCAAAUCCGGCGAUGUCUUCGCCUACCGACGCUGGCUCAUCAAUAACGUUCUCAUGAAAGACUGCCCGUCAAACUACAGUUACCUGACGGAUGAGCUACACAUUAGUAUGCUGGCGGCCGAGAGGUACUCGAACAACUACCACGCCUGGAACCAUCGCAAGUGGUGUUUGGGACAACUGUUGGCAACACUGGACACCGAUUCGUCAGCUGAUCUGCUCAGCAGCGAGUGGUCCAUGUCUCGCACCUGGAUAGCAACGCACGUCUCCGACUACAGCGGAUUCCAGUACCGGCAGCAAGUAUUGUCAAAGAUCUUGGACAUUUGUGUGAAGAGAUAUCAAAAGGACUCCGAGAAAGUGUUGAGGUUGUUCUUCAGACCAAACGAAAACGGCGACGCUGAAAAUAACUGUGAUUCUAUCCUAGAUUCGUUGGACGCCACCUCAAAAUCUGUACUCGCUUUUUUAAGCUCAGAACUGUUCUUCAACUCUGAGCUAAUAUUGUUGUUUCCCGGUCAUGAAGCGAUCUGGUGUCACCGGAGGUUUGUUUUGUACACCUUCCACAAACGGUUCCUUAGUAGCUCUAAUAAUUCCUUGCGCCGUGUGUAUUGUAGGGAAGACGGCUCUCCGCUCGAGAAAGAGUUGAAAACUGAGGCGGUUGCUAUGGAAACGUCACAAGCUGAAACCUUGUUGAGGACAUUGGUGAGUUUGGAGAGGACUUUGUGUCUCAGGUGUAGAGAUGACAGUCAACAGAGUAAAGCGGCGUCAAGGCAUAGGGUGUGGAUGGAAAGGGUUUUGAAAAUUAAGUUCUCCUAAUUGUUAGAAACUAUUACAAACGAUUAAUUGAUUGAGAUUAAAUAAUCUCAAUUGACUUGUAAUUGUCAUAAAUACUUGUCUGCAGUGACAUUCACUUCCAACUAUCAGCAUUUCAUAUAAGUAACAUCAAGCCCUCCCAUUCAAACACUGUUGUCAGUUUGAAAUGAAUCCUACUGUGAAGUGAAUACCAGAGGCUUAAUUUGGUUGUUGACUUCAAGAAAUUUAUUUGCUGUAAAACUUGACAAAAGAAAGCAAUAAGCAUUGUCAACAAUAAUGCAUAUUCAAAAACAUAAUGAUACAACUUGUGUUGUAGAUUACAUUGUGAAAUAAUGACAACAUAUGUAAUAGAUUACAUAGUGAAAUAAUGCUAUAAUAUUUCAGGUCUUGACUUGAAAUAAUGACAACUUAUGUUGUAGAUUACAUUAUGAGAUAAUGCUAUAAUAUUUCAGGUCUUGACUUGUUGACUCAAGCAAAUAAAAUAUUGGAAAAGAGACGUUCACUACUCUACAAUACAGAGUAGACAUUCACUAAAUUUUAAACUAGACAAUAUACUGUCUUUAUAAUAGUAUAUACUGUCUCAAGACAGUACUGUCUUUAAUAGUAACUACAUUCCUCUAGAAGUUGAUUAUUGUGUAACAUCGAAAACUAGUAAUGUAAAAGUAGUUGUGACAAAUUCAAGUAUUUCUAUUAUGGAUAUCUUCCACUAUAUCAGCGUUGUUUCUAAAAGAAACAUUAAGGGUCGGUUUCCGAGCUCGGGAUUUGGCUAAUUCCUAGACUUAAAACAGCUGGAGUCAGAAAAUUGGCUUUCCGAAACGGGGCGUAGUCGCAGUCAUUGUCAUAGUCACGUUUGGAU